AUGGGCUUACUUGUGCUUGCUACAGCUGCGGCAGUAGUCUCCUACCUGCUAAUACUAUCAAUAUACCGCCUCACCCUCCAUCCGCUGGCAAAGUAUCCCGGACCCAAACUGGCUGCCAUCAGCAACUGGUAUGCCGCGUAUUAUAUAUGGCGGGGUGAUAUGCAUGUAACGCACCAGGCAUGGCAUGCGCAAUAUGGAGAAACCAUCCGCGCCGGCCCGAAUACUCUCUACUUCAACAACCCAUCCGCAAUGGCGGCUAUAUACUCAGUAGGAGCAAACGUCCGAAAGCCUGACGCAUGGGUAGCAUUCAGUCCCAGCCGUCGCAGCGGGAAUAUUCUUAGCACGGUCGAUAAGACGAUCCAUGCAUUCAAGCGCCGGGUAAUCGGGCCGGUGUUUUCAGAUCGCGGGUUACAGCAGUUCGAGGGGCGGAUUCUGGCCAAUGUCGAGCGCUUCACGUCGCGGCUGCUUGUGUCGGACGAGAUAGUACCGCAGCCUGUACUAGAGGGUGAAGGGAAAGAGGCCGGCUGGGGACCCGAACAGGAUAUGGCGGUGAUGUGCGAACGACUCGCCUUCGAUGUCAUCAGUGAUAUCGUGUAUGGAAAGGGGCUCGACAUGUUACAGACACCAGGGAUGCGGUGGAUUACCGAUGCGUACACGGAGAUGUCGCGGCGAAGCUCGAUGUCCCUCACGCAGCCUAAAAUGUACGAGUGGAAACUCGACCAAAUCUUUCUUCCUGCUGUGUAUCGAAACAUCAUCCGCACCGGGACCUACACCUACAAUCGAGUCAAGGCCCGUGUGGCUCAGGGGAGGAAAGAGACAAAUCGAGACCUCUUUGACGCCCUGAUGGAAGCGGAGGACCACAAACGUGGUUUGAAAUACAGGACGAAGGAUCUCUGGAUUGAGUCGAUGUUGCUGCUCACGGCUGGCGCUGAUACCACAUCGACAACAAUGUCCGCCGCGAUAUUCUACCUCCUCCAUAACCCAGAUGCACUGGCCCGUGCGAUUUCCGAAGUCCGGAGGACAUUUCAAACCGCAGACGAGAUCCAACGGAUCACUCAGAUCAACGAUUGCAAGUUCCUACAAGCUUGUAUAAAUGAGGCCCUGCGUCUAGCCCCCGCAGUACCUCUGGCAUCUCUCAGAAGUGUGGAAAAGGGCGGAUUGACACUCGCCGGUGGGGAGCAUAUCCCGGAAGGGACCAUCGUGGCCACAUCGCUGUACACCAUGCAGCGAAACCCGGAGUACUUUGACCAGCCCAACAGUUUCCAGCCCGAGCGGUGGUUGGUUGACCCAGCCACGGGGGUAACUGAGGAGAGUGUCAGUAGAGCCCUUCAGGGGUUUGCGCCUUUUGGGAUCGGCCCAAGGAUGUGUGUUGGGUGGAGAUUGGGCUGGUUGGAACUCAAUGUGAUGCUUGCGCGGACGUUAUUCCUGUAUGAUCUGCGUCUGGCGCCUGGGGCUCCGUGUUGUUCUCGAAGGGUUCCAGGGCAGGAAUGUGGGUAUAGUAUGAAGGCGUGGUCGGUUAUGGCUGGGGAGGGACCUGUUGUUCAGUUCCGCAGGGCUCGUUGUGAGGAUGUUUAUUGA